UGGAAACUUCGUAAAACUGAUCAAUGUGUGUUUGGAGGGGAUCCGAAUCCGAUGAUGUCCAUUUCCAUGUCUAUCACGUGGGGCUUUGGCUUAACUUCUUCAAACUUCUUUUGAACUCUCCAAUGGCCAAAUUUACACCAUUCCCACUUCUCUUCGGAACUUAUAUUAAUAUAUAUAAUUAAUCAAUCUAUUCCCUGGACAGACUAUAUUUCCAACAAAAACACCCAGUUUUCCAUCGUCCAUAGUCGAGAGGUUCUGAAACAAAAAGUGAAUAACAUCGCCACCCCUCUCUCUCUCUCUCUCUCUCUCUAUUUCUCUCUCUGGAGUUCUUCGGAUUUGGAGUCGGGCAUUUGAUUUCCUCAAAUUUGUUGAGUUUUUGGAAGUGCUGAGUUACAUUGGAUGAUUGUGGGUUUUAAGCAGAGCAAUGAACCGUCCACUGGAACUCGGGAGGCCUAUUUCAGGUAAAAGAAGACUAAAGGAUCUAUUGCUUCAGAAAGAUAAUCGCCAUUGUGCUGAUUGUGGUGCCCAGGAUCCUAAAUGGGCGUCAGCAAAUAUUGGAGUUUUUAUAUGCUUGAAAUGUUGUGGUGUACACAGGAGCCUCGGUACCCAUAUAUCCAAGGUUCUAUCUGUGACAUUGGAUGAUUGGUCUGAUGACGAAAUUGAUUCCAUGUUUGAAGUUGGAGGAAAUUCUUCUGCUAAUGCAAUUUAUGAGGCUUUUAUACCUGAAGGAUAUGCAAAGCCGGGACCAGAUGCCAGUCAUGAUGAGCGUGCGGCAUUCAUCCGGGCUAAGUAUGAGCUUCAAACAUUUUUGAAACCUAGCCUGCGGAUUGUGUCUCUUCCUUCCAGAACGACUUCUCUCCAGUCAACUUUUUCUACAAAGAUUAUGGACAGUCUUCGAUCAAAUUCUUCUCAAAAAUCGCAGGAAGGCAUGGUAGAAUUUAUUGGACUGUUGAAGGUCAAAGUUAUAAAAGGUACAGAUUUAGCUAUCAGAGAUAUGAUGUCAAGUGAUCCUUACGUAAUCUUGACUCUUGGGCAACAGACUGUUCAGACGACUAUAAUCAAGAGCAACUUGAAUCCAGUCUGGAAUGAGGAACUUAUGCUGUCAGUUCCUCAGAGUUUUGGAGCCUUGAAGUUGCGUGUGUUUGAUCAUGACACAUUUUCAUCUGAUGACAUUAUGGGAGAAGCAGAGAUUGAUCUCCAGCCCCUGAUAACAUCUGCAAUAGCAUUUGGAGAUGCAGGGAUGUUUGGAAAUAUGCAGAUUGGUAAAUGGCUGAAAUCACAUGACAAUGCCCUGGUAAAUGAUAGCACCGUUAACAUUGUUGAUGGUAAGGUGAAACAGGAGGUAUCCCUCAAACUACAGAAUGUGGAAUCUGGAGAACUAGAGCUAGAACUAGAGUGGAUGCCACUUGACCAAUAGGUACAUAUUUAUUUAUUUAUUUUUCUUCCCAUUGCUUCUAAUAAAAUCUUGUAAUUCUUAUGUACUCGUUCGAAACAAUUCAGUACACGUCUUCUUUCAAAUGUAUAUGUUAAUUUUUGGUUUCUUUUUGUCAUCAC